AUGGAAAACAUUCAACCACCACGGGCACCUACACGGAUUGGAGCUGGUGAUGCCCCACGUAACCAUACCCAGUGUCAGGGUAUAGUGCCUCCAGCCGCGCAGAACAACAACUUUCAGAUCAAGAGUGGUCUGAUCUCCAUGGUCCCGCAGAAUAAAUUUCAUGGUCUGCCUAUGGAAGACCCCCUGGAUCACCUCGAUGAGUUUGAUCGUCUCUAUAGUCUCACCAAGAUAAAUGGGGUCAGUGAGGACAGUUUCAAGCUACGUCUCUUUUCAUUCUCUCUGGGUGACAAAGCUCAUCAAUGGGAGAAAACUCUUCCUCCAAGAUCUAUCACUUCCUGGGAUCAAUGCAAGCAAUCGUUUCUUGCCAAGUUUGUCUCAAACUCCAGAACUGCACGUCUGCGCAACGAGAUCUCUGGGUUCACUCAGAACAAUGGAGAAACGAUUUGUGAAGCCUGGGAACGCUUCAAAAGUUACAAGUCUCAGUGCCCCCACCAUGGCUUCACCAAUGAGUCUCUCCUCAGUACUCUUUACCGGGGUGUUCUCCCAAAGAUCCGGAUGUUGCUUGACACUGCCAACAGUGGCAACUUUCUGAACAAGGACGUCGACGAUGGUUGGGAGCUUGUUGAGAAUCUAUCCCAAUCCGAUGACAAUUACAAUGAAGAUUACGAUAGAACCAUCAGGGCAAGCACAUAUUUUUAUGAGAAGUACAAGAAGGAGAUGAAAGUUGUGAAUGAUAAGCUAGACAAACUCUUGAUGAGCCAGCAGAGGAACAUUCAUUUCGUCUCUGAAGACGACCCUUACCAGAUUCUGGAUGGGGAGGGAGAACAAUCUGAGGAGAUAAGUUAUGUCCAGAACCAAGGUGGCUACAACAAGGGAUACAACCCUUAUAAGCAGAAUCCCAAUCUGUCUUAUAGGAGCACCAAUCCACCUCCACAACAGCAGCAGCAGGGGCAGAACAAACCAUUUGUGCCCUACAACAAAGGUUAUACGCCCAAACAACAAUUUCAGCAAGGUUACCAACCUCCAGCAGAACCACCACCAGGAUUCCAACCUCAACGCACUCUGCCUCCUCAGGCACCAGACCAUGACAUGAAAAACAUGCUUCAGCAACUCCUACAGGGACAAGCAAGUGGCUCCAUGGAAAAUGCUAAGAAUUUUGCUGAGCUGACUCACAGAUGGGACUGCUCAGACAAUGAUCUGAACAUGAAGAUGGAGACUCUGAAUUCCAAGAUCAUGUAUAUGGAGGGCAAAACUGCUUCUACUUCGGCCCCAAAGCCUGGCCAACUCCCUGGAAAAGCUGUUCAGAAUCCUAAGGAGUUUGCUCAUGCCAUCACGCUGAGGAGCGGUAAAAACUUACCUCCCAGACAAGGACCUAUUGUAGUCACUGAGGACAGUGAAGACUUGGAAGGGGAGGAUGUAUGUCAGAAUGAAGAUCCGGUUGUCCCUUUGGAAGAAUCAGAAGUCGUACCUGAAGAAGCUCCUCAACCUGCUGAGAAACAUGCUGAAAAACCUCCAGUUUCCAAGGAUAAACCUGCGAGAUACGUUCCCCCACCAUACAAACCACCUCUUCCAUUUCCAAGACGAUUCAAGAAACAGCAGGCUGAGAAGUAUAAGGCUUUAUUUGAAAAGAAAGUAAGAGAGAUUGAGUUGAGAAUACCAUUGCUGGAUGCAUUCGCACUUGUCCCUCCUUAUCAGAAGUUCCUCAAAGAUUUGGUUAUGGAGAGGGCAAAAGAAGUACAAGGCAUGGUGAUAUUGAGUCAUGAAUGCAGUGCCAUUAUCCAAAAGAAGAUCACCCCCAAUUAA